AUGGGCGUCCCUGGCCUCUGGCAGGAGCUCGCAGGUGCAGCUAUCAAUCGCACCUUGGCAGAAAUAGCUUGGGAUGCGUGGUCGAAAGAGCGUGUACAAGACCGUCAAUUCCUGCGGCUCGGUAUUGACGCAAGUUUAUGGCUCUUUCACGCGCGCAAAUCGCGCGGGGGAAAAAACCCUGCGCUGCGCGCGCUCUUCUUCCGGCUCGCACGCCUGCUAGCGCUUCCUAUCACGCCCGUGUUUGUGCUAGAUGGCAAGGAGAGGCCGAGAAUAAAGCGUGAUACGCUUGUACACACGGGCGCGCAUGUAAUACAGACGCAGUUUUGUGAAAUGCUCCGAGGCUUUGGGUUUGCAUACUGGGAGGCGCCUGGCGAAGCCGAAGCGGAGCUUGCAUGGAUGGAUAUGCAGGGCCUUUUAGACGCUGUACUGACUGACGACGUGGAUGCACUGCUUUUCGGAGCAAAGAUUGUCGUGCGCCACGGCGCUUGGAAUCCUAUAGUGCGCGACACGCUGGACGAGGAGGAGGCAAUGGAAACAGCAGCCGUGUACGACACAUCGCGCGGUGCAUGGAAGUUAGACUGCGAUGGCAUGGUGCUAAUUGCGCUUCUCUCCGGCGCGGACUAUGAUACACAAGGUCUAUUUAAUUGUGGCGUCAAGACAGCAGUAGGGCUCGCGAAGGCCGGAUUCGGGACGCGUCUGGUGACAGCAUACAAAAAGUCGUAUCCCGGCGGCAGCGGUGUAAACCGAAGUGAGCCUGCAUGGGAUUUAUUUCUUUCUACAUGGACGGCGGAUAUGCGCAGUGAAUUGAGAAACAAUGCCAGCGGGCACUUGGGGCGACGCAUGCCUAAACUUGCAGUGGAUAUGCCACCGGACUUUAUGCGCUCAGCAGCGUCGCGCAAGCUGCUCAGCACGUACAUUUGGCCGCGCACCUCAGAGUGUGUACCCGCCAGCGUUGCACAACUACGCAACUUGGCAUCUGUGCUUCCCGUGACUCCAUUGCAUCGCUUGGCACCCAUCACGCACAAGCUGUUCCAAUGGACAAAAGAGGCCGUGGCGCAGCGGUUUGUUCGGCUCGUAUAUUCAGGUCUUGUUUUUCGCGCAUUGCACACGUCCAUGGAACAAGAGUGCGAAAACGCAGCGCCCCAUACCCCUCAAAAACGGCGCUCCCCACGCUCGCCGCGUUCUCCUGUGAGCCAAAUCACGGAUUAUUUCAGCACUAUUAAGGCCCACUCUCCCAGCAAAGCACCCUCGACAUGUAUUGUACAUGCUCACGCUUUGCGCCCAGCGCGGUGUGGUGCAGAAAUUCGUGUAUCGUACACAACGGCGUCCUUUGCAGAGCAGGUAGGCAAAGGCUUGGGAACGCAGGUUGAGCCGGAAACAGUGCGUACAUGGCUCCCUGUCCAGCUGCUCACAGCGCAAGGUUCGCACGAGCGAGCAUUAUGCCAUGAAGUGGAGCGGCAACACAAAGCCCGUAAGCAAGGAUCGCCAACAAAGAAGCAACGUGCGGCAGACCAAACGCCACUCACGUCUUUUUUUGCAGUACAGCCCGCCUCAUCCGCAGCGCGCACAAUCCUUCGAGCCAUGCGAACGCAUGUCGAGAAGCGCAUGCAUGUUACCCCGCAGCGCCCAGCUCAAGGCGAUGUCUUUUCGGGGCCAGACGACAGCGUGGAGCUGGUGGGGAUUGAAUGGGCAAAACCAGCUGCAGACAUUGUGGUAGACACGUCCAACUCGUCAGUUGAACUGGAAUCGCCACGCGCCGUCACGGCGCGGAUAUGUAAAAACCCCAUGUAG